UUAUAACUAUUGUUUGGAAAGCACAUUUUACGAUUUUAUUUCAAGAAACUUCUUUUUAGAUUUAGACCUUAUGUUCCAGUCUACUGCAUUAUGUAUAUCUUUGUUCGUUAGGCACAACUCUAACGCCUUUAUUCCAGUAGUUCUUUCGGAUAAAUUUUUAUAUCUUGUCCGUUGAGCGUGUUUAGAAAGCAGCAUAGUAUACUGAGGAUGUCAAUGGCCUGUAAAAUGUUGCAACUGGGAUUUUUCUUCACUUUCAUGAAUGUUAUGAUGGGAGUAACUGAAGGGAUUACUUGUUUCGAGUGCAAUUAUGACUCCGUACGGCUACACGACACCAACCCAUUCGUUCUCACUGGGCCCACCUCAUGCGGACCUGACUUCGAUGAGUCUGGGCCUGACGUGGGGACGGUCGAGUGCGGCAUACAUGUGGAUUCCUGUUCCUUAGUUCUCUUCUACCACGGUAAAGCGUUGACAGGAAUCCAGCGAGGAUGCGCCUUCGAUUCAAGCUGCCAAGAGGGCUGUUUGGAGGGCUCUCAAAUCAAGACAUGCUUCCAUUGCUGCGGUGAAAACUUCUGCAACUCCUCGUCAACAAACCGUUCCUCCGCGGGACUACUUCUCUUUGCGGCACUAUGGGCGUAUCUUACGGUUCACUUCGGGAGAGGAUAGAAAUAAUCUUUUUUCACCGCCCCUCCCUCCUCCCACCCCUCCUAGAUAUGGUUUCGACAUCUGUUUGACAUAACCUGUGUAAGAUAUCGAAGUUAAAAAUGGAUUAGAGGAUGAUCCUAUUAUCUACCCCGACUUAUGAAUAGGAAUAUUGUUGUACGUUAGAUAUAUU